GCAUGGUGUUCAUAGCCGGUUUUGUGGUGUUACUGUCCACGCUGAUGUUCUUCUUCCCGCGCCAAAUCAAACAGGAGCCGUUGCCGCCGCCACCGAUGAAGAGUAAAGAUAGACGGGAGCCCUUCUUCAAAGAUUUCUUCGCAACAAUAAAGAGACAGCUCACGAACGACAUACUGAUGUGGCGGACGGCGAGCUCGGUGCUCCACUUGAUGCCGAUCAGCGGGGUGUACAGCUUCCUGCCGAAGUACCUCGAGAAGCAGUUCCGGCUGCCGACGCACGACGCUAAUAUCGUGUCCGGAUUGGGCGGCAUCUUGGUGAUGGGUCUGGGCAUCAUCACGUCGGGCGUAGUGAUCCUGAAGCUGGUGCCGUCGGCGCGGCGCGUCGCUGCCUGGACCGCCGCCACCGCCGCCAUCUACAGCGCUGGUAUGGUGGUGUUAAUGUUCGUGAGUUGCCCUGAGAAGAGUUACCGGUUCUUCACUCCGGGGCUGGUGGGCGACAGCGUGCUCAAGUGCAGCUCCGACUGCCACUGCGACAACACUACCUUCAAUCCUGUCUGCGGACAGGACGCAUUCACAUACUUGUCGCCGUGUCAAGCGGGCUGCAUGGAGAGUAAACAGCUGGACAAUAGCACGUGGCUGUACUACAACUGCUCCUGCAUCGACAGCAACUCCCGCGGCGUUCGCGCCAUGAGCUUUUUGGAUUCAUACCACCUGUACAAUACAUCAGACGAUAUCCUGUCCGGUCCGGAAGGUUUCGCGGUGACGGGCGAGUGCGGCGGUCCCUGCAACCAAAUCUACAUAUUUAUAGCGAUAUUCGCCGCCAUUAUGUUCGUACACGCCAGCGGAGAAGUGGGCGCCGUGCUGUUGAUCAUACGGUGCACGGACAAGCACGACAAGGCGAUGGCGAUGGGCGUGAUCCAGUUCGCGAUCGGCGUGUUCGGCAACGUGCCGUGCCCGAUCGUGUUCGGCGCGGCCGUGGACGCGGCGUGCCGCGCGCGCGACGCGGCGUGCGACGCGCUCGGCGCCACGCUCGGCGCCACGCCCGGCGCCUGCGCGCACUACGACGCCGACGCCUUCCGAUACUUCUACCUCGGUCUCUCGGCGGGAAUAAUGUUCUUAGCGUUUAUAAUGGACAUGCUCGUGUGGAGCAAGGCGGGUCGCAUCGACAUGAACCCUGGCGAGAGGGGGGAAAGGGAACGAGGUCGGGGUGAGGCGGGGGGUGCGGGAGGCGUGGAGGGGGCGGCUCCCACCCCUGCGCUGCUCGCACCGCUGCGCACGCGCACGACUCGCCCGACACGCCACUCUGACGCGGGACUCUACUCGCAUACGAGUCGCACUUCUAACGGGGACCACUCGUCAUGUCACCCAACAUUAGGGGCACUAGUAUACGGACUGCAACAGUGCUGUGAGUGACCCACUGCGGGCAUCGCGUCAGUCACCGGCGACAAGCGUUGACUGCAGUUGGUUGUGUCGUAUCAACUACGAGCAUGCAGCUCUGACAACAGCCAAUCAUCUAGAUUAACGUUUAACGCCUAUUAUUUAAUGAAUCCAGCAUUUGUUCAAUUCAUUAAACGGCAUGUAAACACUUGUACGUGAAGUCGAUAUAAUAUUGCGUUGAAUAUUUCUUAGUGCCUAAGGUAGUGUGGGACAGUCGAAACAUCACGAAUAUGGCAGUCAACACGUUAUGAACCAAAAGUAUGACCGCAUUAUUAUUUUUAUAUUGGUUUAAGUCGGUAGUAUGUCGGUCCGCUAUCGAUAUGUUGAGAUAAUUUGUUUCGAUAGUGUCGAAUUGAUAUCGAUUGAAAAUUAUGAAAAUUUGAUUGAAAUAUUCGAAUGUACUAUUGUACGUCAUAUUUUGAGAAAAAAGCUACAUUGUAGCUAGUUAUGUUUACAAUGUACCGACUCGACCAGAUGUAAAGAAAUGACAAUCACAUUAACACGUACUGAUUUAAUGCUACCAUCACUGACUAAUUUCUAACGAUGUCUUGACAUAUCGAUAGUGAUGUAACCUCACUAUCGACUAAUGAAACACUGGAUAAAUGCCAUAUUUUUAACUACGAUCAUAGACACUGAAAUUUAAUAUUUAAAAAAUAUAUAAGGGGCAGUGCAAAUAUGAGAUUUAAAGUAUGUAUUUUUAUGUAUCAAAAUGAAAUUAUUUUUCUGUGUAAGUAGGUGUUCAUCGGUGCUUUAAUGCGGCAUUUUUAUUUCCAAUUAUUCGUUUUAUCUAUAUUUCUUUCUAAUCUGUAGUUGCGUGAACUGUGUUAGCGCAGACUGACUAGCGCAAAGUUACUUAUUCAGUUGUAAAUUCACUAUUUACUUUGGAAUAUGGUCGAUAUUAGUACCAACAGUACACAGCUGCCUAAAACGUGGUUUUGUAAUAUAAACUAAUUUCGACCGUAAGCAAAAGUUUCUAAGGUUUAAUUCCAAUUGUCAUGAGUUUUUUUCGCCAUUGUUUGACUGGUUGGCGGUGUCCUAUUUAGACGGUGUUGUUAUAGCAUACUAUUUUAGUAUGUCGAGCACAGAAUUGAUAAUGUGAGACUCACGCUUGCUUCUUUGUUUCCACCGUGUUCAUUUCAUGCUAAAAAGCAAGCUGCCUAAUAGCAUGCUAUAACAUUUCCGUCUAAAUGGCCAAUUUAUCAACACCACAUUAGAAAAUUUAUAAGCAAUCGUUACGUGCAAUCUUAAUAAAAUAUAUAUUCUGAAAUAGCAAAUGAAAGUAUGAAUUGCAUAGUAUUUAUUAGAGUAAAAUGUUUUAAUAACGCUAUAUAUAAUCUAGUUAAUUAUUAUAUAAGGUUUAUAUGACCGCAAUAUAUAUUGUUUUUAUUGGAUGGCAUUUGGCGCAGUCGAUUACGAUGAAUUGAAAGUUCGAAAUAUGUGUAGAGAUAAUCUUAUUGUAAUGUAGCUCAGUAGGUCGCAGUCAUAAGAUCCAAAGUGUGGGAAAUAAAACAUGUAUUUUGCUGCGUCUAAAGGCACACUUCCGUUUUAUACAGAUAAUCGCAAGUAGCAUCACGUUAUUGUUCGAUUCAAAUAGACAAUUAAAAAAGGCAUAAUUGGCGAUUGGUAUGACUUAUUGGAAUAGUCAGUAUGUGAGUUUGAAAUCACUAUUGCAUUUGAACGUUAUUAUACUAAUAAUUAUUGGUCAUUUUGACGUGAUACAGGCGCGUGACGUAAUAAACGGAAGUCUGCCUUAAGUGAAUCCAUAUCUACACUCGAUGUCGUAUAAAACUGCCAAGUAACUUAGUACAACGCAUAGGAGGUGGCUGACUUGAUGCUUCGACAAUUUCCGAUUUUCCGAAGAAUCUACAAAAGCCAAACCAAAAUCUGCAUUUCAGUCUUAUAUUUACGGUUUAAUUUACUAUUUACUAUUUCUACUGCCAUAACUUUUCUAUAACAGUCAUCCUAGCGAGUAACUGUAGCAUAUUUUGCUAUCGACAGUAGCCGAAGAUUGUCGAAGUGCCAAGUUGCUUUCAACUAUACAUCACUUAUAAUUCACAACCAUAAUAUUUUUACAAUUUUUAUCUUUGAUGUGAAGUAUUUAAUUCUGCUCAAUUUCGUACACACAAGGGGCAUAAUAUGUACAACGUGUCAUAAUAUAUGAAGAUACUUUUAUCUCCGAACUAAUAGAACUUAUAUCUUUAUUACUUUUAUAUUAGCGUAAUAAAAAUAUGUAAUUUUGUAAUUUUAUAAAUAAAUCCAUAAAACCGUGUGAUCUGACUUGGAUAUACCAAAAAGGCGAUAAUGGAUAUUAUCUCGAUUAUUAUUUGUUAGAUUAAGUGCGGUUACACACGGCCCGGUUGUUGGGCAUCCGGAUAUAAAAUGCCAUUAUGUCUUGUAGGUGCAUGAACUCAGACAAUUCCAUCGAUAAAUGGCCACAUAUAACUAGUAAACUCACGAUUUGCGCAGCUACUCUCAGAUGUUACGGUAACAAGCCUAUCCGCCUAUUGCAUCACAAACAAACCCGGGUAGCCCUAGUCUUUACCGGUCAAACAGCCCAAGUCCGCUAUCUGUAGUAGAUCAACGAGAAGGCGAAACAAAACACUUACAGCCGUUUUCAAUAAGCGAUUCCAAUCUUUAUUUUGAUCCGAUCCCGAGAAUAAAUUAAUCAAAAUAAGUCAUUUGUAAUCAUGUCAAAAAAGCUUUAUUCUGAUUGGUUAAUUGUCGAGAUCGAUCGAAAAAUGUGAUUCAGUAUAUUUAUCGUAAUCGGCGAUUAUGCAAAUAAAUCUAUCAGUAUGAAAAACUGUCGUUGGUUUUACACUUGCCGGGCAUCCGCCUGUUCGACAACCGGGUCGUGUGUACACGCACAUAAAAUAUAUUUAAAUAAAAUUUUCAAUUAGCUUUACAUAAUGCAUGCUGUAGUUAUAUUUUAAUAGUUAAUCUGAUAGCCAAUUUGAUUUGAAUUAUAGUGUUACGCAAUUUUACACAAUAUGCUUAAUUGUUAUCAAUAUAUUUCUGGGACUGAGGUUAUUCAAUAUUCUGGCUGUACACUGCGUUAGGGAUAAUAGUGGUUACUGUAAGGGGUUAGGAUACAUCCUAAUUCUAGGUUAUUGUACAGUAAAGAUUAUACACUGAUGCAAAACAAAAUGGCGUCUCAUUGAACACGGGUAGGCUUGCAAUUAUGUCUUAGUCAAUUUCGUAUUCACUUUACAAUACAUGGUGUCAAUUAAUAUUGUCCAGGAAAGGGAUUUAGGUCUGUGGAAAUAUUUUUAAUUGAAAAUCGGUUUAUUUAUUGCAUAUUUCGGGAUUUAACCUUUUAGUAAAAGGUCAAGUUGAUAACUACUAUAAAUGAUGUGUACAAGCUUCAAUGUUUUUGUUUUCUAAAAUUUUAACAAGGCCCCAUCCUACACUAAGACCCUGGGGGUAACAAAAGGCAAUUUCGAACAAUCGAAACAACAUAUUAUGUCUAGUACUCGCAGCCUCAGCUGCACAUUAUGCAACCGCCAUUUUGUAUAGCCAGUAACCAAACCUACCGCAUUGUGCAGCCAGUACCAACAUUUCGAUUAUCGAUAAUUACAUGGCUAGUGAUUAGAAAUUUAUAUUAGAAAUAAAAUCAUUUGUUUUACACUUAACUGUAAAUAUUUAGUAGUUUAUAUAAUAUUUUGUUUUAUAAAUUGUAAUAAUUGUAAAUAAAUGUAUGAGUGUAGUAUGUAGGGUAAACGUUUUAAGUGCACCUUCUGUUAUAUCGUAGAUCAAAUUUAACGUCAUUUUUUGUUUUCGUAGGCUGGGAGUGUGUAAGUUUAUAUAUUUAGUAUAAUAAGUUUUCCAACUAAUAUAACAAAUUUAUAAUGUGCAUUAGGGUGUUGAAGUUAAAAUAUUUGAAUGAUAGGUUUUAGGGUUGUCACUUUACUGUUAAGGCCCAUCUUGUGUUAUAUAGAGAUCAUAAUAUAUUUCAUUGUCAAUGUUUUGACUAUGUUACAUAUAAAAAGAGACUAAUAGCUUGUAAUACUAAAGAAUCUUUACUAUAUUUCAAUUUCAUGCAAUCUACUCUAUUUUACAAUAAUCAAUUAUUUUCGACAAGUUUUCUCUAUUGAAUACUUUUUCUAACAAUAAAAGUGGCAACCCUAGGUUUCGUGUAUGUUGACGUCACCAUGACGUCACUAGUGCGAGAUAAGUGUGUUAUAAUUGGCGCGUUAUUAAACCUUUAUGUGUGUUAUCCCCUUACUCAUAUUUUUUAAUUUUUAUACCAUAGAGUCGACAAAGGAUGACGACUGUUUCACACAAUGCCAUUACAAUGGGAGUGCCUUGAAUACCUUUAAGAUUUUUUUGCAAUUUGUAUUUUGCGCCGAUUCCACUGACACUUACAUGGGUCUUAUUACCGAUGACAGUGUAAACUUGUAACAUGGCUGUUUUACGUUUUGUUCGUGGAAUGGUAUUCUGCAUGCCAAUUUCAAUUGUCAAACACGAUGAGGCGUGUUAUAUGUUUGUUACGAACUGUCAGGAUAACGUGUGGAUAUAGAAUCAGGCCUCUGUACUUGAUGACCGUUUUCUUUAAGACUGAUACCCCAGUCGAGUUGGUUCAUGAACAAGACGUAACUGCCUACAGCGUGGAGAUACAAAAUAUAUUCUUUCUCAUUCUACAUAAUAAACUAUUUAAGAGCGAAUGGGACAAAAGAUUUAAAGAAAUAUAAGUAAGGGCUUAGUAUAAACAUCUACACAGAAUAAUGGUACCAUUAUCUAAAUUAGCAUAUUUUGAGUGCAAUUCAUAUAUAUUAGUAUUUAUUAUUACCGAGCUUUGUUUUGAAAAGCCUUAGUUUAGUUAUUCGUUCGUAUGUUCGUUUUUUGCAUUUUUAUAUAGCAUGUGUAUUUUUAAUCAAAUCGUUUGUAUUUAUAAAUAUUAAAGAUCAGCGUUGACAGAUCCUUGUGGCUUUAGGGACUAAAUUCUUUCACAAUAAUCAACUUUAUGUCAUUAAAUAUAUGGUUUAAAACUGUGAGAACUCCAGGUGCUUGGUUGGUUUCCUGAAAUAAAUACUGUAUGUGUAAAGGUAUAAGGUUAAGUUUUAAUUAUUUUCGAAUUCAGUAAUCACCGUGGCUUUGUCUGUCGACGCUGACUUUGUUUAUAUAUUGUUAUGUAUUUAGUUAUUGGGCUGAGAUAUUUGUAACUCAUGUUAAUUUUCUAGAAAAAUAAUUUCUAAUUGCUUACAAAUUGUAAUUUUCACUAGUAAAUAAUUUUUGAUAUUAUACUUUAAAAUUGCCUUUUUUGCUCUUCUAAUAAAUUUUCGUGUUAACUAUUGCAAGCGUCCGUAGGCUAGUGUUUCAGUUUGCCAUGAGAGAUAAAAUAACACAAAUAUCUCAGCACUACGAUAGGCCAGUUUGAGUAACGAUCAGAAUAAAAAAAAAUAUAUAAUUUAUAUUUAAUACAACAAAUGUUAAAAUUUAGAAUUUUUCGUCUACUAUAAGUUCUCGUUUGGAAGAACCUAUGUUCCUUAUUUCUAUGCGGUGAAAGUGCGUGCAAUUAUAAUAAAUUUUAGUUAUUAAUGAAUUGUUGGACUACAUUAUGUGGCUUUACUGUUAUGAUUUCAAGGAUUGCCAUUUUAUUAAUGCAUGUAUUUUUUUUACAAUUAAUGUGUUAUUUGACGAAAAUAGGGAUGUCGACAAUAUUAAGGCAACGAUACAAACAUUUGUAUGAUUUGCAAAUAUUUGUUCUGUGUACCAGUCUUUGAAAUCUAUUGUAAUUGAUACCAGAGAUAUGAUAUAUCUUGAAGUUAGGACUAUGUGUGAUAAUUAAUGAUUUUUUUGUCAUCAAACAUUGUAGAAAAAAUGACACGAAUAUCGAUGGAAAUGGUAAAGAUAUAAGGGUUUUCAAAUUCGAUAACGGAGACUGACGUGACGUCAUCAAUUCUGCUGUUUUGAAAAAUGUUUUGAGGGUAAAGAACGUGAGAUUCGGUACACAAAACUUUUUGUUUAUAGACAUAAGUGUUUUUAUCAUUGCUUUUUUUUAAAACAUUUAGGUUCCGUAAUCAAAGUCGACAUUCCUGUUUGAUUCGGUGCGGCUAAUGGACUUUAUAUUGGUUAGUUUGCAUGUUCUUUAAGCCACAUCCGAUGGAAUAUAUUAUGUCGACAAAUAAACUGCUUGGAUUUUAUACUAUAUUAAAGUGAGUUGCGGAAAUUAAUGAGUGAUUGUCGACCUGCGACGCGAAUUCCAUCGCAUGUGGCUUAGCAUUUAAUAUCAAAUACUUUUUUCUAAUCUAUAUAAUUUUUUUACGCAUUUUUCUUUAAAGAAAAAUGGUAAUGUUUUAUUAUUGCGAAUCGGCGUUUUGUUAUUGCGAAAUUAAAUAAUAAAAUUUUGGGAAUCAUUAAUCGGUAUGUAAACUUUUUUAUGUUUAGUCAAAUUUACUUAGAACGUUACCGUUUCUUGUAGUAAUAAUUAUGUGAAAUGUUUUAUUAAAUCAAUUUAUUAUUAUUGAAAUUAAAACUGUUGUAAGUACUGUUGGGUAUUCAAUUCUACAAUUACUACAGCUUUAGUUAAAUUAUUAUAUAAACCCAACAACUUUAUGAAAUGCUUUACUUUAUUGUCCUUAUAGGGCACAACAUUAUUUCUUUAUUAUCAAAAAUCUAAAUUCUAUACCAAUGGACAUGAAUUUUUUACCAUUAACUUGGUGACUUUUUACAAAAUAUCUAUUUUGAUCUGUGCCUUUAUUUUUUACAUCGAUCAUAUUACUAUUUAUAUCGAUAUGUCAAAUCCUAUACCGAAUGACGGAGUAUCAAUACUUGUUAUCGAUAUAUCUAACCGGACACGCAUGUCUUGGCUUUAAAGAUGAGAGCGAUCUCAUCGUUUCGUCCUCACAAUAUUUAACAUAAUGUGUGUUUUCUAAAUAUCGUCAACUUUGCUAGUCUAUGUUUUAGUUUUAGAGAAUUAUACCUCUGAUUUUUAUGAACAUCACAUUAUUCUUUAGUUAUACAUCCGAUUUAAAUACAAUGUUACAAAAUGCUACAAAAAUAAUUAUAAGUCGACAUGACAACUCGAAUUUUAAAGUACUGUAUAGUUUAUUGUCAACACAAAGAAAAUGUGUUGGUUUGUUUAAGGGUAGGCAUUGUAAUUUAUUUCAAACAGCUUCUUCAUUAUGCUGAUAUUUUUUUUAAAACAGCAAUUAAAUUUGUAAAGCAUUUCAUUUUGCCAUUUCAAAUCAUUUUGGCCAAGCAGCAUACUUACGUUGUCCAAGAAGUCCUUUUCACUUAUUAUGUAAGGCUUUUCAUAUAAGCUCCCUUAAAAUGUAACAAAAACACGAUACAAAUGUCUAGUUUCAUUACCAUUGGUCGAGUGGCUACCACGUGACUCACGCGUUGGGCUCUCGGCCAAUCACAAUUCAACGAAACGGACCUUCGUGUCGGGGUGUAGAACACUAAUUCUAGGGAGGCUGGGUUUUAAUUUGUGGAGUCACAUGGGACUGAAAGACAAUGUAUAGCUUUACUCGCCUACCCUUACAAGCCUUAGACUAUUUAUGUCAUUAAUUGCAAGUAAUAGUUUUUAUCGCUGAAGUAUCGAAUCGCAAAGAGUAUUUUUUUACUUCAUCUAUAGUGGCGUAUGUACGCGAUAUGCCGCAGUGAGUGGCUAAACAACUGCGUGUUUUUAUUAUGUACGCUACCCCUAAAUAUAUUGCGUAUACGCCUUAAAAGGUGCCGUAGUGAUGUGAAUUUGUAAAUACUUAGUGUAGGCUGGAACCGCUUCUGCGCGGUAUAACGUAAUCUAAGUAUGCUCGUCUGUAAGAAUUGUUAUCAAGCCUUAAGUCCUUUUUCAUUAUUUGUAAAUAAAAAAUAUUGAGGGAUA